CUUAGUGUACUGUAUCAACAAAUCGAUCGUUGAAGAUAUCUUCAUUCAAUUUACUUCAACUCUCUCCGAUGUCACGAUUUCGUGCCACUAAUCUCGUCGCCCUUCUCUUCCUGCACAUUGCCGCGCCAUCAGCUCAAACCAUUUUCACACAAUUCCCUACCGAUACCGUCUACAUUCCUCCUCCCGGCUACCCCGUCAAGACGGUCCGAUGUCGCACAAACGUUGAAGCCAAUAUUUCGUGGAUUCGUUCUCCGGGCGACAAGCGACUCGACGAGAAGCUUUUUAAUAUUGCGCGCGAGUCGGAGACGACGAGCGUCAUGAAUCUCGUCUACGAGCAAAUCACUGGGAAGGCGGAAGUGGCGGCGAAUCUCACGAAGCCGACGAAUUCGUUCUACUGCAAGGCGGGAACGGUCGACAGCAAGAGAUUCAAGUUUGCGUACGGAGCUAUACCUGCUCUUACAUCAAACCCGACGGACGUCGCAGUCAAUGAAGGCACGCCAGCUCGAUUCACGUGUACCUACGCCAUGAUUCAACCGCAUCCGAGCGAAAUCGUUUGGAAAAUCGUCGACCGUCGCGGCAACGUGAAGCUAGCGAACGAGACGAGCAUACCCGGUCGACUAGACAGCGGCUACGACAUUCCCGCCGUCAGCAAAUUUGACGCCGGCGACUACGCGUGCGCCGUAACCAACGAGUUCGACACGGUCUACUCGACACCGGCAACACUAGAAGUUCUCUACUUCGAAGAUGUUGCUAUUCGCGUUACACCGGCUCUCACGGUGCCCGAGAACACUGAGGUAACGUUGCAGUGCACAAUAGACGCGAAUCCGGCAGCAUCAGAUAUCCAGAUCCGUCGGAAUGAUGAAGUAGUCUACUCGUCACGUGACAGUAAUCGAAGCAGCAACGACCUGGGGAGAGUCACAGCAUCAGGACCAAAUCGUGUGUCGUACACGUUCAGCGCUAGCAGUAAUUGGAAGGGAAAACUCAGAUGCUAUGGGGUCAACACGGCAGGAAGCAAGCAGCAAUCGGUCGACUUCUUAGUGCAAACCAGUCCGGAUGCACCCACCCUUUGCGUCAACGGUACGAGCACAUCGACUGACUCGCUGACCUACGCGUUCCUUCUGGGAGACGACGGCGGUUCGGUUGUCACACGAGUGAGUAUCUCCUGUUACCGUGUGACGUCCGACGGCACGUUGGAUACGACAGUCAAGUAUAGGCACAGUUCGAGUGAUUUUGGAGAUGGAAAGGAAUGCGUUAGGAAAGAACUGGCGGGUCUGACUGCUGGUACGACGUAUGGGUGUCAACUGUUUGCGGCUAAUGAUGUUGGGCAUAGUGAAGGCAGCGCCAGAUUUGAUGGCACCACUCAGGCCACAGCACCAUCUCGACCCACUCUAGACAGCAACCCAGUGUCUGCAACCGAGACGACACUCGAGAUUCACUGGACAGUCGCUUACAACGGCGGAAAACCGAUCACCAGAUACAUAGUGAGAUGGACAGCAACAACAACAACAAACACGGUCAACCAGUGGGACUACACUCGUCACCUAGUCGACUCGCUGUCUCAACAAGAAGGAACAUACACACUUGACAAUCUAUCCAAAGGAACGCAAUACUCCGUACAAGUGCUAGCGAGCAAUGCAGUGGAUACAAGCACCUCCGCCAUACAAACCUACACCACACUAUGCAUUCCGGGUCCGAUUGAAAAAAUUUCACUAAACGACAGAGUCGAAUCCAUCGAAACGAGCAUCAAACUUGUGUUGACUAUACCGUCCAUCAGUCUGUGUGGUGCUAUCACCGAGUACGUGGUCACGGACGUGGUGAUCGGGAUGCGACUGAAUUCGUCGGUUGUUGCCACAAACGGUAGUGUGGUGACUCUGCUGUUGUCGGGCUUGACGGCCAAUAGGAGAUACUCGGUGCGAGUGGGGAUUGAAAACGAUCGGCGACUUGUGAGCAAACCGUCGGAAAACGUCACGUUUAUGACGUCAGAAUAUAUCUUGGGUACUCAGCGGGUUGUUGCUGAUGAUGAGGGGCUGGGGACGACGGAAAUCGCUGGAAUUAUUGUUGCUGUUGUUGUUGCUGUGACGAUUGGUAUUAGCAUUGUUGUUGUGUUGGUGAUCAGAAGUAGUAACGCUUCACCCAACGAAAUCCAAGGUCUAUCCUACAAAAUGCCCACAAUCAGCGGCUACGACGAGAACGACACCAAACCCCAUCCGGGCCCUAACAGUGGCAGCACCUACUCCUACUCACUAAGCGACACCGGAUUCCUCAACAAGGAUUUCUCAAUGAAACCGACGGUCGUCUACACAGAAGUCGAGCUGAAAGAAGAAGGAAAACGGCCAAUACGAAAUCCGUCGGAAAAGGUGGAGUACGCCACCAUUGAUCGAGAGGCGUCGCGCAAGAGACGCGAGAAGAGGGAGGCGGAAAUGAAAAAGUUUGGUGUGUUCGACGAGGUGGCGAUCAGCCAGGCAGAGGCGGCUCCGCCACUCGUUCCGCAGUAUGACGAAUACGGAUGCAAACUUUCUACUCUGGUGUAGCCCGGUCACGUGAUGCGAGAGAAUAGAUUUACUUACGUAGAAAUCGGAAAAAGUGUUAGUCAACAUUUAGUAACACUUAGCUGUUAGUGCACGGUAAGCAUAUCUAACUUUCCAUGGUUGGGAGGACAGAUUGCCAGUGGUAAAGAGAAAAUACAAACUUAUAUAUUUAUAUAUAUA